UGACCGUUAGAGAGAGAGAGAAAAAAGAGCCUAGAUUGUUGGUAGUAUAUCACACACGCUGUGCAGACGAUACAUCAAAGCGCGGGAAAGGUUAAAUGCUCCGUCGGUGGAAUUAUAUACCAGGACAUAUUAAGCAGGGUUGUCGGCCGCACUAUGAAAUAUGAUGUUUCUUAAGCUCAUGCAGAUUCUGUGAAUAUAGAUAUCUAUGUAAUCUUUUCCUUCACUCUCAUGUUGUAGCGAUGCAUGUUGUGAAGUCUAAAAGUUUGGAAUAAGUAACUGCUACGUGCUUUACUAUUUCAUAUCCCAUCAUCAGCUAGGACGUUUACUUCCACCUUUUCUAUGCCAUAAUGGCAUUUUUGCCAUGUGAGGCGAUUCUUUCUAGCGUGUAUUCGCGUGUCAUCUUAAAACAUAAACAUUUGUUAACGUUACACGGGAAGAGUUCACUUUUUAACAAUUCGUCCAUUUAUGGCUAAAUGAAGUUGUGAUAACUCACAUGUAUCAAUCUGCUACCAACUUCCAAGGUUUCGCAAAGGAUGUUUACAGUGGAAAACGUCAUAUAACAAAGAUAGCAUCACGUGACUUAUCUAGAGGUGCCGUUGGGGUGUGAAGUACGGACUUUUAGACAAUGUGCAAUAUUUUCGGCAUGGUGAAACAGAAACUUUGCUUUACCCAAUAUCCCAAUUUCGGCGUAGUCUUCUCCAACCAUUUAAUGAUGAUAGAGCAUUCUGUUUGCAUCGCAAUAUAGCCGCUUCAUUACUUUAAUUAUAUAGGCUGCACACUUGAAAUGAAGAUACCUUGGAUGUAAAGAGGGAAACUAAAUUAUUAAUGAUGGUACUAUCUUCCUCGGGAGUGACGAAGCAUGAAGAGAAACUCGUGACAGGCGGAUUAUUAUUGUCGGGUUACAUAUGGAUAGGACACACGGAUCAUUCAUUUCGGAUUAUACAUGGACAGAAUGUCCGGGAAUCUGCAGAAGAACGCACUAAAACCUAUUCCAAAAGCCGAUUCUUUUUCUUGAACCAACAUAAUUUAUUGGAUUUAUCACGAGGAAGAGCCAAUGUUCUUCUCUCGCUCUAACCGUUAUUGACAUUGGGCACCGUUGAUAUGGUAUUAAACUCAUUGUGGCUACUGUACAUGAUAUGAUCAUAGUUGUGUCAUCAGGAACUAUAGUUUGAGAUUCGGCGGCAUGAACAAGGAUCUGCCCCACGAUCGCUUGUUGUUUUUCAUCAUGUUUCUUUUGUUAGUCUGUCUGACCAUCCCUGCUGUCUCAGCACAAGACAGCGUAAAUACCACACAGAAUUCUUCAAACAACUCUAACGCUACAGGAGGAGCCUCGGGGUCACGUGACCAUAUGAAUCUUCGUUCGGAUCUGUUUUCGAACGGUCGAUACGACAAGUCGAUUCGACCGGUCAAAAAUAUCUCCCAAACAACCCUCGUCGAGAUGCAAUUUUUCGUUGCCCAGGUCCUGGAUGUGGAUGAACGACUGGAGACUUUUAAAAUCAACGCCUGGUUGACCAUGAGAUGGCACGAUGACUAUCUGGUAUGGGAACCUUCCAUGUAUAACAGCGUUAAUAACUUCAAGAUUACAAGGGACGAGGUGUGGAUGCCGGACCUAUGGCUGUAUAACAAUGCUGGGAGUAGAUAUGAAGACUACGCAGCCCAUUCAAUAUGCAGUGUAUACCACACAGGGAAAGUAGUCUGGCAAUCACCCACUAUCAUCAAGACACACUGUACCAUGGACGUCACAAACUUUCCAUUUGAUGUGCAGAAAUGUACUGUGACCUUUGGCCCUUGGCAACAUGGCGCUAAUGAGAUUAUGCUUAACGGAACAGGUUCUGCUGAGAAGUACCUGCGGAGUUCCAGUGAGUGGGAGAUUACGUCCUUCCACGCCGGCGCGCACAAAGAACCUUAUCAAAUCUACCUGGAUGAUGAACCGAUCCUCUACAGUUACGUCGAAUACUCUGUCUUCCUCCGUCGUAUCCCAACCUACUUCGUCUUCAACCUGAUUAUGCCCUGUACCCUCAUCUCUGCCACCACCUUCCUGAGUUUCUUCCUGCCUCCAGAGUCCGGGGAAAAAGUGAGCCUUGGGAUCACAGUUCUGCUGUCUUUGACUGUCUUCUUAUUGCUUGUUGCUGAGCUUCUACCACCAUCUGGUGCUGUGCCUAUCAUUGCUAUUUACUACGCUGUUACCAUGGUAAUGGUAUCUCUAUCGCUGGCGAUGUCGGUCGUAGUACUCAAUCUGCACCAUCGUGGACCCGAAACAAGUCCUGUACCACCCUGGUUGCGAAAGAUCGUCCUUGGACGUGUCGGCAAGGUAGUUCUCAUGAGGAAGACAUCUUUCAACCAAGAAAUAUACUACCGGAGCCGAAAGUCCCAGCAGUGCCAGGGGACGCGGCUCCUCAACCACUACGAGAUGGAUUCGUAUGACGGGAACUACUGGGAAGAGCACCGGGACAUUGAUUCCAACAGCAACGGCGGUAGCGGCAUUAGGUUGGAUCGCAACGACAGACAUUCGAGGCCGUGUUCGCAACCAGUCUCCACGCACACGCGAAGCUCUUCUAACUCUAUGCGCAUGCGGGAAAUCAACCUCUUGCGGAAGAUCCACGAGGAUUUCCGAUUCCUGAAAGAGACUCAGAAACGAAAAGACAACGAGGAGAAAUGCCAUAAUGAAUGGAAGCAAGUGGCUUUGGUAGUUGAUAGAAUCUUCAUGUUUAUCUAUCUUAUUGGUAUGAUUGCAACCAUUUUGAUUAUUGUUACGCAGGUAACAUCAUGAAGGUAGAUCAGGUGGAAACGUCCUCAGGGCGUCGCUCUCGAUCUUUCAUUGUUGGCAGAAGCCCUUCCCUAAAUGUAAAGGGAUUUCGAGCUUCUAAGGGGCAACAAGAAAACAAAACGACGAUAUUGUUUUACGCCAAAGCCGAAUGCCACCUAUCCUAUUUUUCGCACAAGAGUUUUCUCUUGGCUCUCCGGGCUGGUCCAAAAGAACUCUUGAGCCUCUGGUGGAUGAUGUUCUGACGACGAUGAUGCAUAUUCAUUAAAGAUCAUAUACUCAUUCUUUGUGAUUUCAAUCCGAAAAACAUGUAAACGCAGGCUAUGAUUGCCAUGGUUACGGUUUAUGCAAAACUGGUAAAGAUCUCGUCAUCAUUGGUGAUUGAAAUCGUCACGUAGAUAUGAGUUAAAGUUUGAUUGAAUAUAAUUUGUAAAUAUGUUUUUGUUAUUGUAUGAUGCGAGCACAUAGUAUAUCCAUCUGUAUUUAUGACAAAAAGCUGAAGCGUAAUCAACACUUUGAAACACGUUGAAAGUAUUAGCUAAGGGUGUAUGAUUGAAACAUCGGGAUCCAUAAUAUUUUAUCUUGUUCUUCCAUAAGUAUUUAUGUUGUUUAUGUUGUCAUAUACAUCUCCUUUGUUGUCAUCAUUUUGACUGAAUCCAGAUGUAAUUUUCAAACACGCUCGUGAAUUUCUAAUCUGCUUUAACAGAAUAUCAUGUCUAUCGGAUAUAUGGUGUGCAUUUAAUUACUAGUACUUGUUUGCACUCAAUAUUUCCAGCUGGUCGUUUAGUGUUUUGUUGACACGGCCGAAAAUAUUCUUAUGUCUUGUAUGGAGUGUGUGUGGGUGCAUUUGAAAGUCAAAUCAUUGGUAAUGCAAAUUACAGGGG